AUGGAUUAUUUUACGGCAGAGGAACUGCAGACCGAGUCUGUCAUUUUCCAGGACCCCGUUGAACAUACUGGUGACGAGUCAGUUCGCGUUCGUGAUGCUUCUUGGACUUGGAACCGUCAUACCGGAGUCCCGGUCCUCGAAAAUAUCGAUUUGAGCGCCCGCAAAGGUGAGCUUAGUUGCAUUGUUGGUCGUGUCGGCGCAGGAAAGUCUUCCCUGCUCCAAGCCCUUCUGGGAGAACUUUGGAAGAACCAUGGUGAAGUUGUUGUGCGUGGACGUGUCGCGUACGUCGCCCAGGCACCCUGGGUGAUGAAUGCUAGUGUUCGUGAGAACAUUGUAUUCGGUCACCGAUGGGACCCAGCCUUCUACGAACUGACGGUCGAGGCCUGCGCUUUGGUCGAUGACUUUAAGAUCAUGCCCGAUGGUGAUCAGACAGAAGUCGGAGAGCGUGGUAUCUCACUCUCUGGAGGACAGAAGGCACGUUUGACACUCGCAAGAGCAGUAUAUGCACGUGCAGAUAUCUACCUCCUCGACGAUGUUCUUUCUGCCGUGGAUCAGCACGUCGGUCGCCACAUUAUCGACAAAGUUCUCGGUAGCUCUGGUAUUCUGGCUGGAAAGACAAGAAUCUUGGCCACCAACGCUAUCACCGUUCUCAAAGAAGCUGAUUUCAUUGGCCUGCUGCGUGACAAGACGAUCAUUGAAAAGGGUACAUAUGAACAACUGAUGGCAAUGAAGGGCGAAAUCUUCAAUCUCGUGAAGACCAACCUUGCAGAGUCAGACGACGAACGCUCUGAUGCAUCCGACGAUGAUCUCGCUAGCCCUGGAAACUCCGAGUCUACUGCUGUGCUUGAUGAUGAAGAGGACCCCGACAGUGAAGAACUCGAGCAGCCGGGCUCUCUUGUCCCAAUUAAGAGUGGGCGUAGUCCCCAGCGCAAGGCUAGCCAUGUUACUCUGCGGCGAGCCAGUACUGCAACCUGGCAGGGCCCACGUCGCAAGCUGGGAGAUGAAGAAAAUAUUCUCAAGAGCAAGCAGACCCAAGAGACCUCUCAGCAAGGCAAAGUUAAAUGGAGCGUCUACGGAGAAUACGCCAAGAAUAGCAACAUUGUGGCGGUCUCAUUCUAUUUGCUUGCUCUUCUGCUUUCGCAAACCGCCCAAGUACUUGGAAACUUCUGGCUGAAGAGUUGGACGGAAGCCAACGAGUCACAUGGCGCAAAUGCUAGUGUCGGUAAGUUCAUUGGUGUCUAUCUAGCCUUUGGUCUGGGCUCGUCUCUUCUCGUCAUCGUCCAAAACUUGAUUCUCUGGAUCUUCUGCUCCAUCGAGGCCUCUCGCAAACUCCACGAGCGCAUGGCUUUUGCCAUUUUCCGCUCUCCUAUGAGCUUCUUCGAGACAACCCCAUCAGGUCGCAUCCUGAACAGAUUCUCUAGCGAUGUGUACCGUGUCGAUGAGGUCCUUGCGCGUACCUUUAACAUGCUGUUCGCCAACGCUGCUCGCGCCAUUUUCACCAUGACUGUCAUUUGUACAUCGACCCCAGCCUUCCUGAUAUUCGUUCUCCCUCUGGGCUGGGUAUAUCUCAGUUAUCAGAAGUACUACUUGCGAACCUCUCGUGAGUUGAAGCGCCUGGACAGUGUCACUCGAAGCCCCAUCUUUGCCCAUUUCCAGGAAUCGCUCGGUGGUAUUUGUACUAUUCGUGCCUACAAACAGGAAAACCGCUUUGCCCUUGAGAACGAAUGGCGCAUGGACGCCAACUUGCGUGCUUACUUCCCAUCUAUCAGUGCGAACAGAUGGUUGGCCGUGAGGCUGGAAUUCAUUGGUUCCAUCAUCAUCUUGGCCUCCGCUGGACUUGCCAUUCUCUCCGUUGCAAGUGGCAGCGGUAUCACCGCGGGUAUGGUCGGUUUGGCCAUGUCAUAUGCUCUUCAGAUCACACAGUCCUUGAACUGGAUCGUUCGCCAAACUGUUGAGGUCGAGACCAAUAUCGUGUCUGUUGAGCGAGUGCUGGAGUAUGCGAACCUUCCCAGCGAGGCACCUGAAGUUAUCUUCAAGCGUCGUCCUGCUAUCGGCUGGCCUGCUCAAGGUGCUGUCUCCUUCAAGAACUACAGCACCCGCUAUCGCGAGGGUCUUGACCUGGUCCUCAAGGACAUCACCCUCGACAUCAAACCCCAUGAAAAGAUUGGGGUUGUCGGUCGAACUGGUGCUGGAAAGAGUUCUCUCACUCUGGCUCUGUUCCGGAUCAUCGAGGCCACCAAUGGCAGCAUUGACAUUGACGGGCUUGAUGUCUCGAAGACUGGCCUCUUCGACCUCCGCGGUCGCCUGGCUAUCAUUCCUCAGGACCCUGCCAUGUUUGAGGGUACUCUGCGUGACAACCUGGACCCUCGACACGUUCAUGAUGACACCGAGCUCUGGAGCGUACUAGACCAUGCCAAGCUCAAGGAGCACGUCGCCCAGAUGGAUGGCCAGCUCGACACUCAAAUCCAGGAAGGUGGCUCCAACCUGAGUCAAGGCCAGCGCCAGCUGGUUUCUCUCGCCCGUGCUUUACUCACACCAAGCAAUAUCCUGGUUUUGGACGAGGCAACCGCGGCUGUGGACGUCGAAACCGAUGCACUGCUGCAGCGCACGUUACGCAGCAGCAUCUUCCAGGACCGUACUAUCAUCACCAUUGCGCACCGCAUCAACACAAUCAUUGAUUCCGAUCGCAUUGUUGUCUUGGACAAGGGUCGUGUUGCUGAGUUCGACACUCCUGCUGAACUGGUUAAGCGCGGUGGUCGCUUCCACGACCUUGCGAAGGAGGCAGGCCUGUUGGACAGCGAUGGCAUCGCAGGUUCCUCCCAGUAA